AUGUCUACAGAAUAAUAAUUAUACGAAAGGGCAAAGCGAAUGAAUCAGCAGUUGACCAGCCCUGAGAAUUAGAUCACUGAUAAGGAUAUAGAGAAAUUCAUUAAAGAAAUUCUGUCAGCUCAUUAGAAGGACAUAGAGGAAAUAUAUUCACUAGUUUUAGGUGAUUUGAAGCAGUAAUUUCAUACAGAAAAGAAGCAAUUAGAAAAUUAUAGAGACAGAGCAGAGAAAAUUAAUUCACAAAUUUAAUAACUUUGA